AUGGCAGACAGUCUCCCCACAGAGUUUGAUGUGGUUAUAGUAGGAACAGGUUUGCCUGAAUCCAUCCUUGCAGCUGCUUGUUCAAGAAGUGGCCAGAGAGUUCUGCACGUUGACUCCAAGAGCUACUAUGGAGGAAACUGGGCUAGCUUCAGCUUUUCAGGAUUGCUAUCCUGGCUGAAGGAUUAUCAGCAAAUCUGUAUUGAUGGGGAAGAAAGUACAGUUAAGUGGCCAGACCUGAUCCACGAAACAGAGGAAGCCAUUACUCUUCGUAAAAAGGAUGAAACCAUUCAACACAUGGAAAUUUUUUGUUAUGUUAGUCAGGAUUUGGAUGACAAUGUUGAAGAGAUUGGUGCUUUGCAGAAAAAUCUGUCCACAGUGGCAUCUAGUACCCUUACUGAACCUCUGGAUUCUGCAUGCUUGGUCAAAGACAAGCGCUCAGUAUAUGUUACUAAGUACAAAAUGCCUGCCAAAGACACUUUAAAAAGUGAUAGAGAGACUUCACUAGAAGUAAAUGACAUAGAGGAAACCUUGGAGAAAGAAAAUGAUUGUGGAGAUAAAACUCGUGUACACACAGAUGGAGAUAAAGAUGAAAAACCAGUAGAAGACAACAUGGAUCAACCAAAGAGAAAUAGGAUUACUUACUCUCAAAUACUUAAAGAAGGCAGGAGAUUUAAUAUUGAUUUAGUAUCGAAGCUGCUGUAUUCCCAAGGAUUGUUAAUUGAUCUUUUAAUCAAAUCAAAUGUUAGUCGAUACGCAGAAUUUAAGAAUGUCACUAGGAUUCUCACAUUUUGGGAAGGAAAAGUUGAACAAGUGCCUUGUUCCAGAGCAGAUGUCUUCAAUAGCAAAGAACUCACUAUGGUUGAAAAGAGGAUGCUAAUGAAAUUUUUUACGUUUUGUACUGACUUUGAACAACAUCCAGAUGAAUAUGAAGCUUUCAAGCAACGCCCAUUUUCAGACUACUUAAAAACUAAAAAAUUAACCCCUAGCCUCCAACAUUUUGUACUACAUUCCAUUGCAAUGACAUCAGAGUCAUCUUGUACUACAAUAGAUGGCCUUAAAGCAACAAAAAACUUCCUUCAGUGUCUUGGAUGGUUUGGCAACACUCCUUUCUUAUUUCCCUUGUAUGGCCAAGGAGAAAUUUCCCAGUGUUUCUGCAGGAUGUGUGCAGUAUUUGGCGGAAUCUAUUGCCUUCGCCGUAAGGUACAGUGCCUUGUAGUUGACAAGGAAUCUGGAAGAUGUAAUGCAGUUAUAGAUCACCUUGGCCAAAGAAUACAUGCUAAAAAUUUUAUUGUGGAGGAUAGUUACCUUUCUGAGGAAACUUGCUCAAGUGUGCAGUAUAAGCAGAUUUCUAGGGCAGUGCUCAUUACAGAUCAAUCUAUACUGAAGACAGAUUCAGAUCAACAGAUUUCUGUUUUGAUAGUCCCUCCAGUAGAACCAGGAACUUUUGCUGUUCGGGUCACUGAAUUAUGUUCUUCAACCAUGACAUGCAUGAAAGACACCUAUCUGGUACAUUUGACAUGUUCAUCGUCUAAAACAGCAAGAGAAGACCUAGAAUCAGUGGUGAAGAAAUUAUUCACCCCAUAUGCUGAAAUAGAAAUAAACAAAGAAGAACAUUCAAAGCCAAGACUCUUGUGGGCUCUUUAUUUUAAUAUGAGAGAUUCCUCAGGAAUCAGCAGAAGCUCAUAUAAUGGUUUACCUUCUAAUGUUUAUGUCUGCUCGGGGCCUGACUGUGGUGUGGGCAAUGAGCAUGCUGUCAAGCAAGCUGAAACACUCUUCCGUGAGAUCUUUCCAAGUGAAGAAUUCUGUCCCUCACCUCCAAAUCCAGAAGAUAUUAUCUUAGAUGGUAAUGAUAAGCAACCAGAGGUUCCUGGAACCAAAAAUGUAUUAAUGGCUGAAGUAGAACCCUAG